AUGAAGAUCUGCUGGUUCAUUUCUACAGACAAACGAGUUAGUUUGGCGGUCGUUUCAGAAGAGUUCGAGGACAUGAUGGGUCACCAGGUUAGGGUGGUGGCCAAGACCUUGUUCCCCUUCAUGGAGUUCGAGAGAGACAGUGACGCCCCGGGCACCACCGUCACCCCCAGCGACAGCCUCGACGUGCGUAUGUUGGACACCGUCGCCAAGAUACUCAACUUCACGUACGAGAUGCGGAUGGCGGUGGACGACCAGUGGGGGACGCAGGUGGACGGUAAUUGGACGGGGAUGGUGGGGACGCUGGCAGAGGAGAGGGCCGACGUGUCUAUGAUGCUGUUUUGGUCCCUGGCCAGGAAGCAGGUGAUUGACUUCACUAGGAUCUAUACCUCUGAGCCCUUCAUCAUGAUCACCCACAAGCCCAGACCUCAGCCUCAGCACCUGGCUCUUGUUAGGCCCUUCACAGUUGAGUUAUGGGUGGCAGUGUUGGUGACCACUUUGAUCGCGGGCGUGGUGUUGUGGGCCGUCCAGAGAGCAUGGGCUGGCUUCUCUGGCGGGCGUGGAUUAAGUGUGGCUAACGCUCUCAUGAAGGCGUGGGGCGUCAUAAUGGCGGUACCGCUCACCAACAUGCCCACGAACCUUACUGGACAGGAGCUUGAGAGGAUCUGUCAUCAAGAUAUUAAGACCAUUAACACCUCCAUUAGUUCCUCAUUACCAUAG